UCGCCAUGUUGCCGUCUGAGCGUUAAUUUGCUGGCGUCGUUUAGUAUUUCUAUUGAAGAGAAUUUUUGACUUCACAGCAGUGAUUGAAAAGUGAAUUUCUUUCGCAGGUAGAGAUCUAAAUACUCUGCCACCGUAACAUACCACGCCACGAGGUGUUAGUACCUGCGCAGAUUGUGCAGCAGAAUAAUGGAAGAAGUAGACGAAGCAGAAAAAGAAGCUAGCGAAGUUCUACAUUCGCUUCUCUCCGUUGAACGAAUAGAGAAACAGCCACCCACAACGGAAGAUGGAAAUCAGGUGAUCAUUAUUUCGGCCAGUGACUCUACAUCUUCUGUGCAGACUGAAACAUCAUCUCCUCAAAACCAAAACAACCAAAUUACUGGUGGAAUGGUUCAGUGGCACACACCAGUGACUGGACAACAUUCAGUCUUUGCAAGUAUUGUGGAUAACAACAAACAGUUUGGUAGCAACGUAAAUAGUGAACAAGUGCUGUGGCAGACAGAUGGUAUACAGUUGUGGCAAGGUUCCCACCAAACAACAGCAAUUUGUAUACCUAAUGUUGAAACAUCAAAUGUGGCAGAACAAGAAGCUUUUACCAGUGCAGCCUCAGAAAGACCUGAGGCAGCACUAAAAGUAAAGAAAAAGAUGACUUUAAUGAAGACAGCAGAUUCGAGGACAAAUACUAAGUCAAAAACACCUCAGAAAUCUAAACAAAAAGUGAGAGACUCAAGUGAUAUGGACCCAACUCAGUUGGAGGAAAAUGCACAACAAGUGAAAGAAAGAUUUGAGAAAGGCUGUGAGUGCCAAGAAGAAAACUGUUUCAAAGGACUUAGUCCUGAGUAUGUAUAUCGACACAGGCUGAAUAUAGCAGAGCUAACCAAAGGUGAACAUGACAUGUACCUUAUGGGUGUUACAAUGGCUGUGCUUACUAAUCCGGAAGAAACUGUUAGACACAAAGAGAGACAACGAUUGCGUGCCCAGUAUGCAUUUCAAGGCCGCCGAGUUUGCUUGGCCGCUUUCUUAUAUCUGGAAAACUGUACUCAUUACCAGUUGAAGAGAAUCCGGAAACACGUUAUGGUACAUGGUGUAUCACCGCGUGUUCAUGGAAACUGUGGAAAGAAGCCCCACAACACGUUUCCUCUUGACAGUUACCGUCAUGCAACAUCUUUCCUUCAACGUUUUAUUGAGAAACACACUCAGAGCUCAGCAACCACUGUUAAUGGGUCAUCACCAGGUUCCGGGAUGAAGAGUAAGUCAAAGCCUGUAGGGAAAACAACUCCUUUAUACUUGCCCUCAGAAAUUACAAGAAAGACUAUUCAUAAUGCAUAUUGUCAAUAUUGUGAAAAUUAUGAUCCAUCAAUAAAAGUAAUGGGUUAUUCUACAUUUAGGCAUUUUAUGAAGGAACAGUUUCCACAUGUGAAAUUUUGCAAAACUGAAAGCAAUUGUAACAGAACAGCAGUAAACAAUCAGACACAGAAAUGUAAUGGAAGCAACUCUGUUCAGGUUGUGGACACACUUCCACAGCAAUGUAUAAAAUUGCCAAGUGAGUCUCUUACUGCGCAGGUGCCUGAAAAUUGUCAAGAAACGCAAGCUACAUCUAUACUCCGUCAUGGCCAGUUAACUGCUAUUCCCAUCAUAUUCUCACAACCUGCUUCUCAGUCAGAAACAACACUCCCUGCAAAUGUUUCUCAAGAACAAGCUUUUAUUGUAAAACCUAUCUUACAUGCAUCUCUGGAUGGAACACCAGUGUCAAUAAACAGUUCUGGGACAUUUACAUCGUAUCAGCUAGCUCCAGCACAUCCAACAUACACGACUCACCCACACAAUUCUCAGACAAUAGCUGUAGCCUCAAUAGAUGGUAAUACACAGGACACAUUUGCAUUUACUACAUUAUAAAAAAAAAAAAAAAAUAAAGCCAUCAAUCCUCGUGUUGCUUGGAACAACACAGUUGUUUGCUAGACAUGUUCCUGUUGAAGGAAGUAUCCCAUUUCCUUCAUUUGGCCUUUCAAUUGAUGUAACCAGCCAGUUAUAGGGAGACCUACAUUUUAAUGUAGACUGUGAACUGCAGUGCAUCUUGGUAUUUCUCACAUUGAUAAACAUUGCCAGAUGUGAUAGACAUGAUAAUUUACAGAUAAAAAUCCUAGGACUGAGAAAGGCUUCAACCCAUGGCCAUUAUAUCUGUAGCUUGGCAUUCUACCACCAAGCCACAGAGAUGCAUGCACAAAUUAAGUUUGCAAAACUCAUAAGUUAAAUGUUGGUUAAGAAGUUAUUUUUAGUGCAACAGCAUUGUACAAAAAGAAAUUACAUAUAUUAAUAUAUUACUUAAUGUCCUUUAAUUUAUGAAUGACAUGUAAAUUGUAUUUAUGAUUUCCUGAUGUGUAACUGUCAGAAUUAUUUCACAAGAAGGGCACACUUUAUUAUAUUAGUAUGUAGUUCAAGAUCAGUAUUAACAUAAUUAUUUAUGUCCUUUCACUCCUACAGACAUGUUUUUCUAAGUGUUAUUUAAGGGAAGCUUUUAAAUUAUGUUGUCAAAAUCUUACUUUUGUUUGUUUCCCUAAAGAAUAGUUUAUAUGAAAGAGAUUAACAUCAAAAAUAAAUUUAAGAGUUAGUCUUUCAUGAAGAUUUUUGUCAGGGGGUUAGCCUCGUACAGAAGUGAAACAUGGACAAUAAACAGUUAUGAGAAGAGGAGGAAAGAUGAUCUCGAGAUACUGAAAAGAAUGCUGGAGACAAGAAGAGUAGCAUAGAAUACUGGCAGUGUGGUAUUGAAUAAAAUGUGAGUGAAAAUGAAAUUUAUGGAACAACUUGAUAACUUGAUUUGACACGUCCUUAGGCAUCGAGGAUUUAUCAGUUUGGUACUGGAGGGAAGUUGGGUGGGAUGGGGGGAUAGUGGAGGUAGUGGAAGGAGACAAAGGCUUGGAUACAAUAAACAGGUUCAAAUUGUUGUAGGUUGCAGUGGUUAUGUAGAGACAAAGAGGCUUGCAUGGAGUAGACUAGUGUUGAAGAGUUUUAAUCUUUUGACCCCAAUAUUGGUCUUAUUAAAUUCAGUGAAUUGUUGCUGCACAAACAAUAACAACAAGAGGAAAAAAAUGUCCAUAUCUGUGACAAAAAGAAAAGUCCAUAUGUCAAAAUUAUUUUGUCAUUUUUCAUCAUUAAUGAGAAAAAAUAUUAGUCGAAUAUGAAAUGACAUUAGUAAUGGGUUUUUGCAUAGUGAGAGGUUUAAUAAUGUGGUUCCUACCAUGAGGAGCCUUACUGAUGUGUUACUUUUUAUUAUUUUUGUAAUACAUUUGUUUGGAUAUUUUCUCAAUUUUAAAUGAUUAAUUUAGUGUGUACAGACAUUAUUUUGCAGGCCAGAGAGAGAUGCCAAAUUACAUGCCAUCAUUCAGUCUCUGUUUAGGAAACAAAUCUAAAAGAAAAGAAAGCCUUUGAUAAAUUUUGUAUGAACAGAUUACAUUCUUUAAUUGUGGGGAAAAAAAAUAAGGACAAUCUUGACAUUGUUAUGUUGUGUAGAUACUCCAGUUCUUAUAAUGCACACAGAAAAUAAAAUGGAAUUAAGUUAGGGAACAAUUAUUUACCUAAAUCGACAAGAGCAAGCUGUAUUGCAAAUGUUUGGUAUUGUUGAAGUAAGUGAAACAGUGUUGCAAUUCCUUACGACAUCACAUUAGUAAUGUCCUUCUCCUCUACUCGUGCUGUAAAAUAAUAUUGUGAUGGACAGUGUAGAUGUUGAACAGUUGCUUAAGAUUUUGAAACAUAAAUUAUUAUUCAACUGUAGGUCACGAUACUUCGCACCUGUAUCACUCUGAGGAAGAACACAACUUGCAGUCCUCAUAAUCUUCCUUCAUCUAGAAAAUGUAUUCAUGCAAAUUGGGUGGUUUACAUCUUUAGUGAGAAUUUAGUCUGCCCUGGAAGUGAGUAGCUUUGAAAUUUGUUGUGUGAAUAAUAAAAGUAAAAAUGCGAAAGAUGCUAUGCUCCUUUAACAAUAUGAAGGUGAUUCAAAUAAACAUAUACAUCCCCCCACCCUACACACACACACACACACACACACACACACACACACACACACACACACACACACACACACACACAAUACAAUAUUGAUUAUUUAUCUUCACUUUCAUCAAAGACACUAUCUUCUGACUGAAUGAACUGAAAAGUGUGAUAAUUGUCUAUGUGUACAAGUAUUCAGAUUUUUUCUAAUCCAUUGUGUGACUUUUGUUGCAACUUCAUAAGAAGUAUAGAGUACAAAUACAUUAUAGAAAUAUGAUGAUCUAGCUUUGUAGACAUUGAAUUGUACAGUUAUUAAUAUUUUGGCUUUGAUAUAAAUGAAUUUAUUUAUAAGA